AUGCCGUCCGAUAUCAGGAGUUUCUUCGGAAGUGGAGGGGCAAAACCCUCCACAAAGACCGAAGCCCCGAAGGAUGGUGCCAAAGUGAAUGCCAAACAGCGAGGUCGCCGCCACGUCGUGUCUGACGAUGAUGAUGACGAAGUGGUCGAGGUCAUCCCCAAGAAACCCACGACUCCCAAGCCGAAGAAGUCUACUAAAGAGCCAGUGGAAGAGGAGACAACCAGCUCAGCCUACUUUGCUGCCACAAAGGCAAAGCCUACGAAGACUACCCCGGUGCGAAUCACGAAUGCCACUACGAACGGCACAGGAAAGACCCCCACCAAAGGAACUAAAGCCCAAACACCGUCAACUGGCAGAAGAUCUUCCAGAAAGACCGGCAGAAAGAAUUAUGCUGAACAGGAAGAGGAAGAGGACGAGGACUUGAGCACGCUGUUGAAGGAUGACCAUGAAGGCGAUGAUGAUAUUUUCAGCGAUCUGAAGAGCAGAAAAUUGGACGACGAUUAUGAAGAAGAAACCGAUAACGACGAUCUGAAGCCACAUAAGAAAGUUAAUAAGACUGUCAAUGGUCACAACAAUAAGCCGCAAAGUGCUGGUGGUGAUGGUAAUGUUGAUGACGACGACAUCGAAAUGGUGCAGAUCCCCGGAUAUGAUGGGCCUGGUGACGCGGCAAGUAAGAAAACACAAGCCAAAACUACUUCCAGCCGCAAACGAAAGUCUAAAGAUCUUGAAGACGAAGAUGAGGACGACCUGGACGAUGACGAUGGCACCCCGAAAAAGAAACCGAGGACGGCAACCGCGGCCAGGAAGCCCCGCACGACAGCCAAAAAGGAAGAGAAGGAGGAAAGCAAGGAGAUACAAAACAUUCUCGACAAUAUUCCUACUGUCCGAGCCCCGACUCCCCCACCAAGAGAUGACAAGAAGAAGUUCACAUACGGCGGAGGCAACGCCAAUGUCGCUCCACCCGCAGCUGGCUCUGCUGAUAUCCCAGUAGGAGCAGAUAACUGUCUUGCUGGACUGACUUUCGUCUUCACCGGGGUGCUGAAUUCGCUUGGCCGUGAAGAGGGACAAAACCUCGUGAAGCAGUACGGCGGUAAGGUGACGGGCGCUCCAUCAAAGCGGACUAGCUACGUAGUCAUCGGUUCUGAUGCCGGCCCGAAAAAGCUGGAGACCAUCCGACAGCUGGGCAUUAAGACAAUCAACGAAGAGGGUCUUUUCGCACUCAUUCGACAACUUCCUGCGAAUGGAGGUGAUGGGAAGGCUGCAGAAGCUUAUGCCGAGAAACAGGCCAAGGAAGAGGCGAAAAUCCGCAAGCAGGCCGAAGAAGAGGAAGAACGCGAGCGUGAGAGACAGAAAGAGGCUGGCAAAGUUGCCAAAGCUGCCGCGGCCCGAACCGGUGCUCCAAUUCCCUCCGCCAAACACAAAGGACCUAGGGUGGAGGACAGACUGUGGGUGGACAAAUAUGCUCCAGAUACAAUGGGCGCCGUCUGCGGAAACAAGGGUCAGGUCGAGGGUUUGCAGAGAUGGCUUCGUAAUUGGCCGAAAUCUGCGAAAUCAGACUUCAAGAAGGCAGGCGCUGAUGGAAAAGGUAUUUUCCGCGCGGCUUUGCUCCAUGGUCCCCCAGGUGUUGGCAAAACCACAGCUGCCCACUUGGUCGCCAAACUUGAGGGUUACGAUGUCGUCGAGAGCAAUGCGAGCGAGACUCGGAACAAGAAGCUGCUUGAGACCGGCCUGACUGGUGUUCUGGAUACCACGUCUCUUCUCGGGUAUUUCGCUGGCGAUGGCAAGAAAGUCGAACAAUCGAAACGAAAGCUCCUCCUGAUCAUGGACGAGGUGGAUGGUAUGUCAGCAGGAGAUCGUGGUGGCGUGGGUGCUCUGGCUUCCAUUGUCAAAAAGACCAACGUCCCGAUGAUCUUAAUUUGCAAUGAGCGGAAUCAGCCAAAGAUGAGACCACUCACCAAUGUGACGGCAGAGUUCCAGUUCCGGAGACCGACCACAGACAUGAUUCGAGGUCGGAUCGCCACGAUCCUGUUUCGCGAAGGUAUGAGGUUGCCCACACCCAUUAUCAAUGCGUUGAUCGAAGGAUGCAACGGCGACAUUCGCCAAAUCAUCAACAUGAUCUCCACCAUCAAACUCGAUAACAAGGAUCUCGAUUUCAGCGACACCAAGGCCAUAACAAAAGCGUGGGAGAAACAUGUGAUUCUGAAGCCUUGGGACAUUGUGAACAAGAUCCUCCGACCCCAGAUGUUUGCUGCCAGUUCCACCGCAACGUUGAACGACAAAACCGAAUUGUAUUUCAAUGAUCACGAGAUGAGCUACCUGAUGCUCCAAGAGAACUACCUCAAGACGAAUCCUGCCCUUGCGAGUUCUUACAAUGGCAAGGAGCGUGCCAUGAAAUUGUUAGAACUCGCAGACAACGCUGCUGCCAGCAUCUCCGACGGCGACCUCGUUGAUCGGAUGAUCCACGGCUCUCAACAGCAAUGGAGUUUAAUGCCACUUCACGCCAUUUUCAGCUUUGUCCGACCUGCUAGCUACAUGUAUGGAAAUCUUGGGGGCCAAGCAGGAUUUCCUUCCUGGUUCGGGCAGAAUAGCAAGCAAAUGAAACUCUCUCGCUUCGUCAAGGAAAUUCAGGGACAUAUGCGACUUCGUACCGCCGCCGACCGUCAUGAGAUCCGUCAGCAGUAUCUCCCAGCCCUGUGGAACAAGACGGUCGGUACACUUCAGGAGGAAGGCAAGGACUCUGUGCAAGGUGUCAUAGACUUCAUGGAUUCUUACUACCUGACCAAAGAAGACUUCGAUUCCGUACUGGAACUGGGCGUUGGAAAGUACGAUAUGGAAGACGUCAAGAUCGACACCGCCACCAAGACUUCGUUCACCAGGCUGUACAACAGCCAGAGCCACCCCAUGCCGUUCGUGAAGGCAAGCCACGUUUUAGGAACCGCGAAGGCAGGAGCCAAGCGAGACAAACCGGACUUGGAAGAGGCGGUUGAGGAGUCCGAGGCAGAGGAACUCCUCGCCGAAGCUGAGGCGGUUGACGAAGACGAUGACUCGGACCUCAAGAAAGACAAAUACAUCAAAGCACCAAAGAAGAAGGGAGCAAGCGCAUCUGCUGCUGGCGGCGCUGGCGCGAAGGGCAAAGGGAAGAGAAAGAAGGCUGAUGAUGCUGGUGAUGUCGAUCCGGAGGGCGACGACGAACCGAAGAAGAAGCGAGGUACUGGUGGCGGAGCACGAGGUGGCACGAAAGGGAAAGGGAAAGGAAAAUCAUGA